UAUUGUGAUAACAAUUCCCUCCAUGUUGAUGUUCAGAGAGCAUGCUUUAUACUCUUCUCAGGAUACUAUCACCAAUAAUCCUUUACCCAAAAGUCACACCAAUCCCCAUCUCCUUUCCCCGUUACAGAAUUCCACGCAGAGUUCCAUUCUGCCGACACGAUGGCGGCCCCCCGCCGCCUGCACCUCCUUGUCGCAUCGCUGGGUAACCCGCCUCCGACGUACACAAAUACAUUGCACAGCGCCGGGCAUACGGUGUUGCAUAGGCUGCGCGAGAUUCUUGCCUAUCCGGAAUUCCACAAGGAAAGUUCAAUGGGUGGUGGUCUGGUUACCAGGAGCAUAUAUGCAGACCACAACCCAAAAAACUACUCCGACAGCAAUUUCACGCUCUGGCAAAGUCCGAGCUUGAUGAAUACGUCAGGAAAGGUGGUCAGUGCAGCAUGGAAGACGUGGACAAGGCGAUUAAAACCUGGCGAGGAAGGGAAAUUGGUCAUUUUACAUGAUGAAUUGGAGGGACCACUGGGAAGGGUAAAGUUGAAGAUUGGAGGAAGCGCAAGAGGCCACAAUGGAAUAAAGUCUUGCAUUGCGGCGAUGCCAAACCAUGAAUUUGCGCGCAUUGGUAUUGGAAUUGGCCGUCCGGAAAGUCGGGAAAGCAAGGAUGUCGCGCGGUACGUUCUGCGGAAAAUGAACGAAAAAGAAUUGUACACGAUCGAGGAGAGCGCCGGUGAAGUGUUGCAAAUAAUAAGAGAUCUUGUGGGAGAGUGAGGCGUGUGCGGGCUAGUGAGUGAUAUACGGACGACGAUAUUUCAAGCAAAGUUUAUUCGGAGUUGAAACUUCCUUGACAAAAGCCGACGCUUUCAGUUUAAUUCCUCGCAUUUACAUUGAGGCAUCAUGAUACCCUAGUUUCUAAUUUGAAGAAUCAACGACGACAGUGAGCCAUCGAGCAUACCGCAUUUUAUUUUCUUUUUAGAAUAAGGCUGCUUUCAUCAUUUAUACAUGGUAUAUAGAAUCUAUAAAUUCAUAAAGGAGAACCUCGAGCAGGUGGUAAGCCGUUGAUGAUCCAAAUUUAUAAAAUAUGUAAGGUGC